AUGGGGAAAAUGAAUGGGAAAAAUGCAGCAGCAAAAAUCAUGAAGAUCUUCCAGAGCUUCACAGAGGGCGAGUUGAAGCAGGUCAUCGGGACACUGGUGGAUAGGAAAGCCCGCAGAGAUGCCCAGCAGAGCAAAAGAACUAAACGGGCUAAAAAGCGAGCCAAACCCUGCUCGCUGCGGGAGGUGGAGGUGACAGUCAGUCAGCUGGGGUUGGGCUAUGUCAGUGACGAGACUAUAGUCUUCCAUUACUGCAGCGGAAAGUGCACUACAAGUCGCAAAAACUACGACCUGACGCUGGCUUUCAUGAAGCGCUCGCGGCUGCUAACAAAGUACAAGAAGGACAAGGCUCGCCACAGCCCCUGCUGUCGGCCCACCGCAUACGAGGAGGACAUCUCCUUCCUCGAUAACUUCAAUAAAUACCACACAAUCCAAGAGUUUUCAGCCAAAGCAUGCGGAUGCAUCUGACGUCGAGGGUCAGAACUCAUCAAAACUUAGGAAACAUAGCAUGUUUUAAUCUCUGAAAGCUACAGACCCUUGAUUCUAAGAAGAUCUUCUGGGCUUAAAGCACUGAGACGAAAACCUUCAUGAAAAAUACGCGGCUGACAGAUUGUCCUCAGACAUUUCUGCCAGUCCUGAUGAAGAGAAACCGCAAAAAUAUUAAGCAAAUAAUAAUUAUUCUCAUGUUUAUUCAUUGCUAAUGAGAUGCUGCUGUAUAUCUUGAUUCUAUUGCCUUCGUGGGUCUACUUCAAAUAGCUUGUAAUGUUGAGCUCAAUGGAGAAAACCUCUAGAAAAUUCAUUCAGGGCUUCAGUAAACAAAGCAAGUACACAAAGGCACACCCAGUGCAGAACAAAACUUCCUCAUUGUGUAACCGACCUGUAAAUGAUCCCAGCAGCAGGUUUCAACUCUGACAAAGUCAAAACAUUCCCACAAAUCCAGUUCAAACAAACAUAUAAGUUAUACUGAACAUCUACCUCAGCUUUGAAAUAGUCAAAAUUGCUCUGUAAACGAAAA